AUGGGCGUAAUCAAAGUGACUCCUGACACCGCGGCGUUGAUCUCCGCCUGCGACUUGCUCGAUGACAUGAAGGUGAGUCCCGAAUCAUGUGACAAAUCGCCUCCUAAUGCCGGUAAUUACGUGGGACGUCCGCCUCGUCACGGGAUUGCGAGUAAUUCUGAAAUGCGCUUCGACGCUGUUACAACACGAGACGCCAAGAAAACAUUUUUUGGCAUAAUAUUUCAAGUCAAACGAAUAAAAUUUGUUCAAGUCGCUUGUUUCAAUUAA